GGUUCCAGUGAAAACGCUGCUUGACUUCCUCUGGCAAUUGCAAUUCCCCAGUUGAAAAUCUGAGAAGGUGCCUCCUUACAUUUUGGGGAAUUUUCGCCAGAAAAGAGUGUGAAUCUCCGAAACUGUGAUUUUGUUGAAUCAUUUCUUGGGUUCGCGCGAUAAAACUCGAAUGGUUUGCGUGAGUUGCACGGCAACAAAGAGACCUCUUCACUGCCUCUGAGCCAUUUGAAUGGAUCUUCUGGCACCGCAGCGACUUCCACUUGCGCCACGACAGUGUUCAGUGGCUAGAAAGCGUCAGCACAGUGAGAUUUUCUCCCUGGAAUCGCCCACAGAGCGCCAAAGUGCGAUGCUGACGAAGGAUUCCUGAUGCCCAGCGACUCUGCCAUAGAAGAAGAAAAAGUGCUUAAAGUGACUGUAAAGUGAUUUUCCACAUAGGCAUCGAAUGCGGUGCACUUUAAUUAGGUAGUUUUGCGGUUUCUGUGAUUCUCUGUGCGCGAUGGACAAGACUGGAGAGCUGGAGAAAAUGCGCGCCGCCCGCAAAGUCGCCCCGGACGGAGGAUGGGGCUGGGUGGCGACGUUCGGAGUGAGUCUCGUCAAUGCAUUGGCGUUGGUUUGGCCACUUCGGCGGCCUUCGUGGCGCUGAAUCACUACUUCAAGAAGCGCCGCGGACAGGCUGUGGGACUCUCGAUGGCCGGCACGGCGCUGGGCAUGCUGAUAAUGCCGCAGCUGGUGCGAAUCCUCCUGGAGACGUUCGGCUUCCGCGGCGCCGUUCUGCUGCUGUCCGGCCUGGCGCUGCACGCCGUCGUGGGCGCCACGCUGCUGCAGCCGGCGAAGUGGCAUCUGAAGGAGGAGGAGGUGGACAUCGAGAUGGUGCCCAUGCCGGACACCGUGAAGCCCAUCCAGCCCAUCCAGGAGGACGACGAGGACGAGAUGCCAGAGAUCACGACGCUCCUGUACGACAACAAGAGAUUCCCGGCACACGACAUGGGCGAGGAGAGAGUGAGGAAGAUCAGCCGAUUGGGCGUGGUGAAUGGGAUGAAGAAGAACUUCUCGGAGAUGGCCAUGAGCACGACGCUGAGCAGCGGCAACGGCAUGGUGAAGCGACCCACCUUCCCAAGGAUCAUGUCCAAUGAGGAGAUGACCAUGGAAAUCCGCAAGCGGAAGCAAUCUGUGAUCUCUAAUCUCUCACACCUCGACUUCGCCGGCAGCUAUCUGCAGAUCCACGUCAAUACUGGCGACGAUGACAAUGAAGAUAUUGACUAUGAAGUAAUUCGGCGCGUGAAGACUCACGUGGGAAUGUCAUCGCUCAACUCCUUCACGAAGCCCACCAAGAUUGGCUCAAUCAACACGAUUCAGUCUGAGAUUGGGCUGCAGAUGCUGAAGCCGAAGAAGCAGAGCUUCUGGAAGCGCUUCUCGUCCAUCAUGGAUCUGGACAUCCUGCGCGAUCGCAUCUAUCUCAACAUCCUGUUCGGCCUGUCGAUCUUCUACGUGGCCGAGAUGAACUUCAAGAUGGUCACGCCCUUCUUCCUCGCCAAUCUCGGCUAUCCCAAAGCCGACGUGGCCUUCUGCUUGUCCGUCACAGCCAUCACGGACAUCCUGGCGCGCGUCAUCCUGCCGCCAAUUUGCGACAAGCUCAUCAUCCCGAAGCGGCACGUCUUCAUGGUGGCCAUAUUCUUCGUGGGCAUCACGCGAUCAAUCAUUGCCGAGCAGACUGGCUGGACUGAGCUGAUCGUGUGGCUCUCCAUCUCGGGCUUCUUCAGGGGCGCCGCGCUGAGCAACUUCACGCUCACGGUCUCCGAAUACUGCACGCUGGACAAGCUGCCAGCUGCCUUCGGCUGGCACAUGGUGGGCAAGGCGAUCUUCGUGGUGGCUCUGGGGCCACUCAUUGGCGUCAUCCGCGACAUGACGGACAGCUAUCCGAUCUGCAUCCACGCGCAGACACUCUGCAUCAUGACGUGCUGCGCGGCGUGGACGAUAGAAUUUGCAUGGAAGUAUUUCAGCCGAAAGAUGGCGCCGACGCCCAAGUAGGCUCGGCACAGCUCUCUCUCUCUCUCCCUCUCCGUACUUAGACGAGUGACAACGCGACAUUCUUGUAUUUAAUAGGCAUUUUUUUGAAAGAGAAUGUAGUGAAAAUAAAUCAGAAUUGUGAGAAAACUUAACAAAUUGGAAUUUCAAGACAAAAUUAAAGGAAGAGAAGGAUAAGGAACAAUCGAGUGCAAAGAUGGAGAAACAGAACGAAUUUGAUUGAAUUUAACAGCCGAUGUUAAAUUAAGACACCUCAGAUUCAUUUCUCCGCGUCACCCUCAGUGCUGCCUCUACCGUCAAAUAAUGCUAGCAGCGAGAAUCUCGUCAGAAGGAGAAGACCGCCAUGACAGUGGCAUUCCCGCCACAAGAUCUCCAGGGAUAUUAAUCGGGAU